ACUAUCUACACACAAAACCAAACACACUUCUCCACACUUUAAUUUCUCUUACAACCAAAACCCCAGCUCACAUUUUUCAUUACACAACACAAACACUUAAACUAAACGGCAUACUCUGUCCUAAUGUCUCUGCAAACAGAAGAAAAGGCUCCAACCAUGGAGACCAACAAAGGCCUUAACUUAAAGGCCACUGAGCUCAGGCUUGGCUUGCCUGGCUCUGAGUCACCUGAAAGAAACAACAGUGAAGAAAAAGAUGGCAAAAGUGGCUAUUCUCACCUGGUGACUUCAGGGGCCAAAAGGGUGUUUUCUGAUACAAUAAAUGGUGGUUCUGGCAAGUGGGUAUUUUCUGGUAAUGCUGGAUCUGAUGGUGAGGUGGCUCAGAAUGGUGCCUUGUUUUCUCCCAGAGGUGGUGCCAAGAUUCUUGGUGGUGGUGGUGCUGAGAGUAAUAUUGUUAAAGAGAGUGUUGUUUCUGUCCCGGAGAAGAAGAAGGAUCAGGCUGCUCCUCAUGCUGCAAAAACACAGGUAGUGGGAUGGCCUCCAAUUCGAUCUUUUCGAAAGAAUUCUAUGGCUAUCAAUCCUCCAAAGAACGAUAGUGAUGCGGAGGAAAAGUUGAACUCGGGUUGUCUCUAUGUCAAAGUCAGUAUGGAUGGUGCGCCUUACCUGAGGAAAGUAGAUCUCAAGACCUACUCCAGCUACUUUGAACUAUCUUCGGGUCUGGAAAAGAUGUUUAGUUGUUUUACAAUAGGCCAAUGUACUUCUCACGGGGCUACUGCUCGAGAUGGGCUUAGUGAGAGUCGCUUAGUGGAUCUUCUCCAUGGCUCUGAAUAUGUACUGACCUAUGAAGACAAGGAUGGGGACUGGAUGCUUGUCGGUGACGUUCCAUGGAAUAUGUUCACAGAGACCUGCAAAAGGAUGAGGAUCAUGAAAAGUUGUGAUGCAACUGGCCUAGCUCCGAGGGCCAUGGAGAAGUGCAGGAACCGUAACUAAUGCAAGCAUCGCGGCUGCCAUGGAUUUUCAAGCUAUACUCUAUGAAUUUAGAAGUAUUGUGUGUAGAGCCUCGAUGUGGUUUUUAAUAUCGGCACAGUGGUGUGCUGAGAAAAGGGAACUAUAUACGGGAGGCAAGAAAUGUAUGCUAAGUAUUUUUGGGUGCGUAAUUAGAUAGAAUUUGUGUAAGUAAUGACAUAAUUAGGUAUGUAAUUUGACUCUAUUCUCUCCUCCCCCCCUCUCAUGUAAUCUAAUUACUGAUGAUCCAACGCUUCAAUACUACUAAAUAUGUAUAUUGCUUGUUUUCUGUAA